UAAAAUCAGUGGGAAAAACUAUAAACUUAACGUAAAAUAGUUAUGAGUGUGAGUUUAGACGGUACAAUAUGUGCGUAUUUUGUAAAAAACACAAAAGGCGACAAUACAAACAGUGCAGCAGUCGACCAAUUAGCCAGCGCUCUGACCCUCAUGCGAGAACAUUUGGACGCUUCGCAAAUUCGAGAAAUUAAGCCUAGUGAGGGGUAUACGCUGAUUGCUGCCGGUAGCCUAACCAAGAAGGAUGUCUUUGUGUUGGCUGUAUUCGAGGGCAAUUUCUUCGAGCAGCUGCAAAUGACAAAGGCCUUAGUGCUGGGACCGCCCUGUGUGCUGCACUGUCUCACCAAAUGCGAGCCAAUACCCUUGGGCACAAGUCCUGUCUACACGACUGCUAUGCGGGAUGUGCACAUCUCGGCUACUGGCAUUCCAGUCGACCAGAAAGAGCAGUUGAGCAAAUUGGUGCUCUGGAUGGGAGGCCACUAUUUCCAGAACUUUGGACGCACCAUUACGCAUUUAAUCUCUAAUACCAUCAAAUCUAAUAAAUAUGAGCAUGCGACUUUGAGCAAUGUGCCCGUAAUGCAUGUGGAUUGGGUGCAGUGCGUCUGGGAUCGCAGUUGCGUGGAUGUUGACAUAAAUGCCACCAACACUGAGUUCGACAAGUAUCGGCUGCCCACAUUCUUUGGCACCAACAUCACAUGCAGCGGUCUUGAAUCCAGCGUCAAGGACAAGAUCAUGCGUCUGGUCAAUGAGAACGGUGGCUGCUAUCAUCGCGCCUUUCGCUCCCAGCAAGUGGAUAUUGUCAUCACGGAGCAGUCAAAGACAGAUUCUGAGAAAUACAAAGCAGCUGUGCGCUUUAAGAAAGAUGUUCUGCGUCCGGAGUGGAUCUUCGAUAGUCAUGAACGUGGCUAUGCUCUACCCACCAAAAAGUACGAGGUGCGACCACGCAAACAGGUCUCCACGCCCACCAAACAAAGCGGGGCAAGUAAUCAAACAGUGGCAGAUCAUACGCAGCUCUCGGAUUUGUCGCGCAUCAGCUUUGUGUCGGGUGUCGCCCGGCGUAUGUGCAGCGAUGUGACCACCGUGAACGAAACUAUAAGCAGCCUGGCCAGCUCUCCAGUGGAGAGCAAUUCCGGCAUACCGUCAGCAUCCGGCAGUUCAAAAGACUUACUGAAGCAGGCCACCAGCUCUGGUGCACAGCAUUAUCAACAGACGCUGGCGGAGAUUUGCCCAAGCCAUGCCAAGAAGGCGGGCCCAUUUCUGGAUGGCUGUUGUGUCUAUCUGAGCGGCUUCCGCAGUGAGGAGCGGGAAAAACUCAAUCGGGUUCUCAACACUGGAGGUGCUACACGUUACGAUGAGGCUAACGAUGGCGUAACGCACAUUAUUGUGGGACAGCUGGAAGAUGCAGCCUAUAAACAAUGGCAACGCGAUGGCUUAGUGGGCUCUGUGCAUAUUGUCCGACUCGACUGGCUGCUUGAGAGUUUGAAGGCGGGACGGAUAGCCAAUGAAUCGCUGUAUCGUGUGUCCCUGCCACAGACGCGUGAGCCAGAUAUGGCCUCACCUGCAUCUAAGCGUACCCUGCGCUCCAUGAAUCACAGUUUCAAGCAACCCGGAUUGCCCAUCAAAAAGAAACUGUUCGAUAUCAAGGCGAAGCAAACCGCCGAGAGUGAUGAGCCGGAAGAACAACUACUCACACAUUAUUCACAGGAGCACGAGCCGGCGGCUAAGUUGCCACCAACAGCAGCAGCAAUGCUUGCAAAUGAAACUCAUGAUGCUAUCAUGCAGCCAGCGGCAUCAUCCACACAAGUGGGUGGCGAACUAAUUGUGGCUCAACCAAUGCCAACUGAUAAAUUGGCCGAGCAGGCUGCUGCUUUGGGGGACCUAAGCGCCAGCGUUCUGUCCAUUGAUUUCGAUAAGCUCGACUAUUUUAUGGGCGCCUCUAUCUAUGUGCACAAAGAGUCCUUCAAUGGCGAGUUUUACACUCAAAUGCUGAGCGAAUGUGAGGCGGCGCAAGGCAAUCUCGUCUCGCAGAACUUCUCUGAUCCCGUGGACUAUGCAAUUGUCUCAUUUGAGGUGGCGUUCGAUGUCAGCACGUUACCGGUAAAAGCGCGGCAUGUAGUGACGGAGCUUUAUAUGGAAAGUUGCAUGAAGCAGAACAAGUUGUUGCCCCUGGAAUACUAUCAUUGUCAUAUACCCCAUCAGGCCCUUAAUGAGCCCCUCAAAGGCAUGACAGUGGUGGUGUCCAUUUAUGCGGGUCUGGAGCGGGAUUUUAUCAACUCCAUAGCCUCACUAUUGGGCGCAAAUGUGAACAAGACGUUCAUAAAAAAGGAGAAGCCAUUGCUCGUCUGUCCUAGCGCUGAGGGCUCCAAGUAUCAGGGUGCUAUUAAAUGGAAAUAUCCUGUUGUCAACUCUGCCUGGCUAGUCGAGUGUGCCGAACGCGGAGAGAAGCUGCCCUACAUCAAUCAUCUGGUAGGGAAGAGCGCCACCGAUUUUCCUGAUUCACCGCGUCUCAAAGAGCGCAAUCAGUCCAAAAACCAGAGCUCGUCCAGCAAAACCCUAACCCCCGCUCCCAAUAACAAUGUGACCAUUACGCCCCCUAUUUCCAUUGAGGAAAUUGAGAAUCAGGAGGCCAGUAGCGUGGCUGUAGCAGCACCGAUGGUGCCGCCUCCAGCUUCUCCUCGACACGCGACACCAACAACGGCAGAAUUCACACCGCUGCGUAACAGGCGUGUCUCGGAACUUGCUCAUCCUGGUGCUAUGACACGUAGCGUCUCUAGACGUUCCAGUGGCGGCUCCGGGUCUGCUUCCGAUCAUGCGGCGCCGGACUCGCCGCGCACGCCGCUCAGUCAAAAUGGCGCCGCCGGUGGUGGCUAUAACUUUGACUUUCUGGAGAAAUUCAUUCAGCGUUUGAACUCGGAUGAAGACCGAGACUGCAUCCGUGAGAUUAUACGUGAAAUGCGUGAGAAUCAGACACCGGAGCUAGAACGCAUGCGACGAAUGGCCGCAACGCCGGGAAACAGACGUCUCCAACGCCCUCCGCCGGGUAUACCAGAUUUUUGUCUGACCCCAGAAUUUCAGCAACGUAUGGCCGAUGAUUUCGAGAGACGUUGGCGAUUGCCGGUGCAUAAGAUCUCACCGGAUACGCCCAUUGAGGUAAUACGGAAGCGUGUGAUGCGCAUUACCUGUGAAACACUGGGCAUCGAUUAUGAGGACGGCGAUGAGGCCAAACCCACCAAAAAUGUAGAAACGAAGAAAGCUUCACCGGCGGCAAAGAAAACGCCUGUCAACAAGAAAAUAAGUUCAACGGCUAAGGAUUUAAGGAGUUCAUAUGCAGCCCCGUUAUCGCCUUCAACAUCUUCAUCCUCAGCCCAAAGGAUGGACACAUUUACCCCCCUGCCGGGCUCACAUGUACGCCUUCGACCCGGACGCACACUCUUCGAGGAUUCACCGGGCACUACGUCUGGGGGGGCAAUCGUGCAUGAAGCUUCUCCCAAUGGCUCACAUUUCGUUCCCGGCACGCAAAGUCCAGGAGUAGCUGGGGCUCAGUCUGGUUUGGGACGGAGCACAAUUAAUUUUGACAAGAUCAGCUUUGAGGAGACCAAUCAGAACACUAUAACUGCUGGGGCAGUUACGGCCGAUGGCACAACCACGCUAGCCACCAAUUCACCCGAACUGAAGCAACUAACUGACUAUCUGAAGAAUUGUGCCUCGAAACGCAACAGUCUGAAACGCUCCCACAGUCGGGCGGAACGUGUGGAGCGCUCGAAACAUGGCGAGGAGAGCUAUAUGGAGAGCGAGGUGCAGUUUGUGCAGCCAUUCGAAAGCGAGGGCUUUAUGUUGGGCACUGAAGAGGCUGUUGGCUGGCGCGAUCCGGCCGAGUUCAAUGCGGCCAAGCGCCGAUCUACGGGCUCGCCGCGAAUGCAGCAUAAAGGAACGCCCUGCUUCAGCAUCUCCAGCUCCGACGACGAACAGAAGGCGGAGCUUAUCGAGAAGAUACGUAAGCUUGGCGGAGAGGUCUGCUCCAACUUGAUAAACUACGAUGCCAGCUGUACUCACUUCAUUUGCGAGCGACCCAAUCGUGGCGAGAAAAUGCUCGGCUGCAUGGCCGCUGGCAAGUGGGUCCUUUACACGAAGUACAUCGAGGAGAGCGAGUUGCGGGGCGCCUUUAUUGAUGAGGAGCUGUACGAGUGGGGCAAUCCGAAGGCUCAAAAUCAGCCAACUCUGGCUCCGGAGGAGCAGGUGAUUGCAACGGCCGUGCACCGGUGGCGUGUGGAGCUGAGUUUGAGUGGAGGCGGCGCCUUCAGUGAGCAUCGCGUCAUACUCAGUCUACAGGAAAAGAGCAAGGAUGCCAUCAAGAAUGUUUUGCGUGCCGGUGGAGGUUGCAUUUUGGAGCCUCGCUCACCCUUCAGCACCGAUCCGACAGCAGCCUCCGCCACUCACUGCUUUGUGGAUGCGAAGCGAGCGCCACUUGCGCCCCGAGAUUUCGCCUAUUUAAAGCAAAUCGGAGUCACCAUCAUGCAGCAGAUGUGCAUCAAUGCCUACCUGAUGGGUGGCCGUAACACGGACCUCGAGAGAUAUGAACUACAACAAUAGUCGCUGAAUCCACUCCCACCCAUAUUCUUGGUACAUAUGUACGCGCACAUACAUACUACAUAUACAAGUAUAACCAAUAUUGCCGAAGUCUGAUUCAGCUUUAGUUUAAGUUGUAGUCUUAGGAAUUGUAUUUGAAAUUAGAGCACGCUCCUGCCAUCAUUAUGACAAAUUGUUACCUAUGUCAAAAGCAAAUUGCAUUUUUCGUUGUUUACUUUUUUUGUGUUUUUUUUUUUUAGCUUAGUUUCUUUUCUGAAA